UGCACAUCAAAUGGAGCAAUAACGCACUGACCGUCACAGAACGGAGAAUCAUCGUUGACAUUUAGAAUCGACAUAAAAAUACUUGACGUUACGUAUACCGUGCUGUGUCCAGCUUUAGUGCCUCUUCGCAACGCGGGACGCAGCCUAGUGGAAAAGUUGGACGUCACCGCCGUCACUGCCACCGCCUGACCGCCACCGUCACCGCCGCCGCCACCGCCGCCGUCGUCAUCGCCGUCGACACGGAGUAGCAAAAGAGAAAGAGCUGGUCUUCCUUCCGUUUCGCGCCGUAUCGUGUCGUGUCGUUUGGUAUCGCGUAGAAAUCGCGCAACGCGAAUUUUCUCGACUUCGUGUGCAGGAGGAUCGCGAGAGACGAGAAGAGGAAGAAACGCAUACGUUCAAGACACACACGGCCGCUUGUAAGCCGCGCGACAGUUCGCACGACAGCUUACUCGCCUACCUUCACUCUCUUGCCUCUUCUUCUUCGUGGAUCCGGCACCUCUAACCCGGCGCGAACAUGAAUGAGGAAUACGACGCGAUCGUACUCGGCACCGGCCUCAAGGAGUGCAUCCUCUCGGGCAUGCUCUCCGUCAGCGGUAAACGAGUGCUUCACAUCGACCGCAACAAGUAUUACGGUGGCGAAUCGGCCUCCAUCACGCCCCUCGAGGACCUGUUCGGAAAAUUCAAGGCCCCGUCGCCGGACGAGAGUUAUGGCCGUGGCCGGGACUGGAAUGUCGACCUGAUUCCUAAGUUUCUGAUGGCAAAUGGUCUUCUUGUCAAGCUACUCAUUCACACGGGCGUGACGCGUUAUCUGGAAUUCAAGUCGGUGGAGGGCUCAUACGUGUACAAAUCGGGCAAAAUCUCCAAGGUGCCGAUUGAUCAGCAGGAGGCUCUGUCCAGCGAUCUGAUGGGUUUGUUCGAGAAGCGGCGGUUCCGCAACUUUCUCAUGUGGGUGCAGAAUAUGCAGGAGGACGAUCCGAAGACGUGGGACGGCUUCGAUCCCUUCAGCAACAAUAUGAGCGCGCUUUACAACAAAUUCAGCCUCGACAAAAACACGCAGGACUUUACUGGGCACGCAUUAGCGUUGUACAGGGAUGAUGACUACAUAGGUCAAACCGCGAUAAUGACCAUCAGGAGGAUCAAAUUAUACAGCGAUAGUUUAGCGCGAUACGGAAAGUCGCCGUAUCUCUAUCCGAUGUACGGUCUGGGCGAACUUCCUCAGGGAUUCGCGCGACUUAGCGCCAUUUACGGCGGCACGUAUAUGCUGGACAAGCCGAUCGACGAAAUCGUCAUGAAGGAUGGCAAAGUGGUCGGCGUCCGUUCCGGCGAUGAGACAGCUCAAUGUAAACAAGUUUUUUGUGAUCCUACAUACGUACCCGACUGCGUGAAAAAAGUCGGUCAAGUGAUAAGAUGCAUAUGCCUUAUGGAUCAUCCGAUUCCGAGCACGGCUGACGCGCUAUCCACGCAAAUCAUUAUUCCUCAGAAGCAGGUCGGUCGCAAUUCCGAUAUCUACGUGUCUCUUGUGUCGCAUACUCAUCAAGUAGCGGCGAAGGGCUGGUUUAUCGCUAUGGUCUCGACUACGGUGGAAACAAAAAAUCCAGAAGCUGAGAUCAAACCUGGUCUGGAUUUGCUCGGCCCGAUCAAACAGAAGUUUGUCAGCAUCUCCGACUAUAUGGUGCCGGUGGAUGAUGGUCUCAACAGUCAGAUAUUUAUAUCCACCAGUUAUGAUGCGACCACACACUUCGAGACAACCUGCUUAGAUGUGCUCGACAUAUUCAAGCGUGCCACUGGUGAGGAAUUUGACUUCAACAAGGUUAAGCAUGAGCUUGGCGACGAGGAUCAGUAACCGUAAUUACGGAGUGUGCGCGUGCAUUUUACAUUAUAUUACACCACGGGUAAAUCGAAGCGCUCAGUGAAUUCGCAUAUUCGAGUAAACAAGAAACCAUCACUCGAUCGCCGACCGCGUCGGCAUGCGACAGUGUCUCAAGGCAGAUAUCACGAAACAGAUGUCACACUUGCGAACAGACCUGUGCCUAAUUAUGUUAAAUAGGUUCUCUUUGAUAGAGGAUGAAAAACGAAGGUAAAGUUGGCUAAAUUUUCUCUCUUUCUUUCUGUCUCUAUCCUACUUCGUCCUAAUCUCAUCUCCUGCUGUUUCUACAAACUUCAAAAUCCUGUUCGAAAGCAACACGAAUUCUCUAUUACAUUUACAUGAAAGAACUCUUGGACUAUAUUUCUACGACUUCAGGUAUCGGAUCAUAAGAUUAGAUCUCUUCUUGUAAAUUUAUAUUUCACAUGAAACUAAAUCCAAUCUGCCAAUAUAUGUUCGAACAGAAGAUAAUAAAAAAAGAUAAAGAUAAUCUCGAGACGUCCGUGUCACACUGUGUGUAUACAAUAUAUAUGUAUCAUAUUUUACUUAUCGAAGUAUAAGUGGUAUUCAUUGGCAGAUUACAUUGUACAAAAAGGAAUCUAUAUAGGUACAUCACUACAUAAGAAAUAUAAUAUACCGUUAAAUUGACAAUUGAUUAAUGAUAACAAACAAUAUAAGUAUCAUGUCUGUCUAGGCUAGAAUUUCUAUAGAUAUAGACGAGAUGUUUCUGAAAAAUUUCAGAAAUUAUGUGAAUCUGGGAAAGUUUAUGUUGUCUGAAUGUUAAUUAACUAUAGGUUAUGUCUAAGUUGCAUUUAUCGAACAAAGAUUGAGCAAUGAUUUAGUUUUAUAUGAAUUGUUGAGAAUCACGGACAUAGGUGUUCCAUCGAUGACUCUCCAUUGCUUGUCGAUUAUCUAAUAAAAUUAGAAAUAAUAUGCCGA